AUGCAAUCCAUGAUCAAGUUUCUUCUGGUCUUGGCCAUAGGGGCCGUCACUACCAAUGCUCAGGCUGUUGACGGCGUGAGCAACAGUCAUGCGCAGUCCGAUGUCGAAGACGCUGCCACACUGGGUAUCGAUGCCUUCACCCUCAAUGUUGGCAAUCCUUCAGCUGAUUAUACCUACAAUACCCUGUCUCAGCUUUUCGAAACAGCAUCUUCAUCAAGCUUCAAGUUAUUCUUCAGUAUGGAUCUCGCCCAACAGCCCAACCUCAGCCAAUUCGUCAACGUCGUUAACACAUAUCUCGGACAUCCCGCGUAUUACAGGAGCGGAGCGAACAAUCGUCCCUUCCUCAGCACAUUCAACGCCAAUAACCACACCCCGAGCGAAUUCUCCAAUUUCAAGAGCCAGCUGUCCCAGCAGGUCUACUUUGUGCCUGAUUUUGACGACUCGCCAAACUAUUACUCCAACUCUCCGUCCUGGUUCUCCACCUGGAAUAGUGUGAUCGACGGCGCCUUCAGUUAG